GAUGCCAUAAAACCCCAUUGAAGAAGUAGAAGAAAAACAAAAACAUAAGGAAGUAAACGAUACAGCUGCUAUUCUCAGCUUUUUCGAUGUAUGCUAUUAUCCGAGAUAUGAUAUUUCAGUUGUAGUGCAGUUGAAAUUAACCAACAAUGUCGUCAGUUGAGAACAUGAGAAAGUUUGUCAACGAGCGGCUGACUGCUGCUGCCGAAGAAAUAUUCGGAUUUUGGGAAAAAGCGAUUGUUGAGUACGAAGAAGAGGUCGACCGUCAGCGCAGACUGCUGGACAUCGUUUGGAAACCUGUAAUAAAGUUACGAAAGAUAGAGCAACAUGUCUCUCAGGAGGAGGAGGAGGAGGAGGUUCUCUGUGAGCAGCAGCUCUGUAUUCAGGAGAGGAGCUCCAGUCUGGACCAAGAGGACUCAGAGCCUCCACAGAUUAAAGAGGAACAGGAGGAACUGUGCACCAGUCAGGAGGGAGAGCAGCUUGAGCUGAAGCAGGAGACUGAGACCUUCAUGUUGACUCCUACUUGUGAGGAAACAGACCACAGUGAACCAGAACCCACACGUGACCACCAGCUCCUCUCUUACUUCUCUCAUGUAACUGAGAGCCCAGAUCGGAUAGGAAGCGAGCAUGAACACUUGGAAUCAACCAGAAAUGCAGAGCAAAAUCCAAAGAAUCAACAUCAGCAAAGCAGAAAUCGUGUUAACAAAGUGCAUAAUCCUGAAGCGUCAAUUGUCUAUAAUACUCACGCGGGUAAAAAGACUGUCCAAUGUGCCAUGUGUAACAAAACCUUUCAGUUUAAGUCACGUUUGCUGAAACACAUGAUAGUACACACAGGUGAAAGGCCUCGUUUACAUAGGUCUUUAAAAUGUGACACAUGUGGGAAAGCUUUUAUUUACCAGUCAUGCUUACUCGUGCACCUGAGAACUCACUCGGGUAAGAAACCGUAUUCUUGCCAAACAUGUGGGAAAGGAUUCACACAGAAAUCUUCACUGAAAUCCCAUAUAAUAAUUCAUACAGGGGAGAAACCAUAUUCUUGCCAAACGUGUGGGAAAGGAUUCGCUCAGACGUCAGCAUUGAAAACUCAUAUAACACUCCACACAGGCGAGAAGCCAUAUUCUUGCAAAACAUGUGGGAAAGAUUUCCGACUUAGUGGUAAUUUGACAGUCCACAUGAGAAUCCACACGGGUGAAAAGCCAUUUACUUGCCUCUUAUGUGGGAAAAUGUUCAGACAUAGUAGUGACCGGUCACUACACAUGAGAAGAAUCCACAAUGUUUUGAAGCCAUAAUCAAGCCAUAAUAAACCACAUAAGGGACGUAGACAAGAGAUAGACAUAAUUGCAGCACUUGAGGGAAGAAUAGCAUCACCAUUGUAAUGAAAUAGAUGCUAAUAUGCAAGCAGUAUUUCGUUAAUUUAUAUUUAGAUAUAUAAUAAUGUGGCACUGACAUUUUUUAAUUAUGUGGCACUUUGACAUUUUUGCAUAAUGAUACAUUUAAUGUUUCUUACAUAUUUUUCCUUGUUUGUUUCAUGCAAAAUCAUCAUAUAACAGAACAUACAGCAGAAAAUAAUUUUUUUAAAGCACGUAUUAAUUCAGCCUAUAUUGUAGUUCUGGUGCAAAUAAUUAUUUAAUUUGGAUUAACGUACCAAUGUAUACAGUACAGCAUUUGAACACGUUUGGCAAUGAGGGACUAACUGUUACUGCUUAUGAAAUAUUUGGAGUUUUUGAAGAAUAAAAAACUCAGACUGUUGGAAAUUGUGAAAACUUGAACUAAAGUUACACAGGACAGGUCAGUAAAACUGCAGGGUAAUAUGACUCAUAAAGGAUGCUAAUGGUUGAAAUACAUACAUGUUGUAUUUGUUCAGAAAGACAUAUGGUCUUACAAUCCAUGUUCCUCUCGUAGUAUCGGAUAGUUCUAUGAAUCCUCGUGCACAUCUUUGCGAGAGGGUCAGAUUUAUAUUUGAGAGUGAAUGACGUAACUUUUUUUUUUUUUAACGAUGUCCUAUGAAAUGUGAAUGUGCCUUCUUUAUGCUGUUUAUACACUUCCUCGCGUAUGUCUGUCCACAUGUUUGGCAUUUCCCUAAAAUGACAGAUAAUCUAUCAUGACAUUAUUUUCGAGUUGAUUCCAAAGAAUAAAAUGCCAACAAUUAUGAGUGGAACAAACCGUAAUCCCCUUUUCUACUUUCAGAACUUAACAGUGUUUAAUCAAUAUCUAAUGUCCCAUUAGGUAAAGACUAAACACAGAGGCUACGCAAAUUAAACUAUAUUUUUAUUUGAAAGUAUUGUAGCGUAAAAAAAAAAAAAAUCUAUUGCAUAUGGAGAAAAACAAAUAAGUUAUUUUUGUAGGGAAAAGGGGAAUAAGCUCAACAAUUCGUAUGGAUCAAUGUUCACUGCCAUUUUUUUCUCGUGUGUAUUCUUGGUUCCAAGCACCAGUGAAACAUCAACCGCCGGACGUGAGCGUUAGCAGCAAUAAUCAUAAUUUCCAUAUUCUGUCCAAGACUUCAGAGGCAGCUCAUGACAACAUCGUCGUGCGCCACUAAUCUGUUCACUCUACGAUUUUCUUCCCGGUCGUCCUCAGUGGACGUCAGACUCGGCUAAGUGAUAUUCCAACUCCGUCUUCAUGUCCUCUGAGCUGCUUUGCUCGGUGGCCAGCACCGUCUCCACAGGGAAAGAUAAAUAUAUACCGUCUUUCAGUUUUUUCGGGGAGGGAGACGAGUCUCCGGCACAGAAAAGAGGAUCUGCGAUUUUAAAAGUCAUUGAGCGCAUGUUAUGUGUUCUCCGCUUGGUGUUCUUCUUCUUCUUCUCUUGUUUGUAGGCAGCGUUCAUAUUGGCCAUCACCUGGAAGUGGAAGAAACACGUUCAGACACAACAAGAUAAAUAAACAUAAAACAUCUGAGCUGAAUAAUUUCUCUCCCUAUCAUGGUACACACACGCGCCGGAUAUGUUUAUGAGUUGAACAAUUAAGCCCAUAAAUGUAUGAAUAUUUUUGGGGAUAGGUUGUUGCAUAACACAUGGGUAAUACCAGUGUUAACUUUGUAUCAGUAAUAAUUUCUACUUUCCAGAAUAUAGUAUAGUUUUUUUUUAAUGACAAGUAAAUAUUUACUUUAUAUUGAGAAUAAAUGAUAUGGUCUCUUG